UACUCACAGUUCUCCUGUGCUUAAUACCAAUGGUUGUUGAAGGUAUCGAGGAUAAGCUCUACAAUGAAAGCAAUGAACGAUACAGCUCAUCUACUGUGGGCCUUUUAAAGCUCCUGAAAGUAGAACAAGAGUUUAUGGAUAACCUCAUUAACUACGCAUCUCAUCUAGAAGACAAAAUCCAAUUGCUUCAAAGGUACUUGUCUGCUAUUGGCUAUGAGUUGAGCCUCAAAGACGGUGUGGAAUAUGUUUCCAAUCCUUUAUAUGCCUUCUCGCUUCUACGACGCACCCACGAGGACUUGCCAAAAUGGUACGAGUAUUUUAAAGAAGCAAUUGGAAAGGAGGAACUCAGUGUUUUGGAAGAUCUUGUUAAAAAGGUACCAGAUAAUGUGGAUUUACAUUCGGCAAUGCAGGGAAUUCAACGUAUAGAAAGAAUAUAUGAGUUAAGGAUCGAUGAUAUGGCUCAAGGAGUUCUGCAGGGCAUGCAGUACAAUAUUCGACUUUCUUAUCGCGACCUAAUUGCCAUGGGUCAUAUGAUGUACAAACAACGUGACUAUCAAGCAGCUGCCAAAUGGUAUCGAAUGGCUUGCAAACGUGAACUGGAAGAAUCCGAUGAGUUAUUGAACGAGGUUUUGGGCAACCCAUCCGAAUACCUUCAUCGCCAAUACAUCAAGGCUCUGUUUGUAUAUGCUAGUAGUAUAUCAGACCCGUCAAAGACUACCGAAGAAGCCUUUAUUACGGCUGAGAACUCUAUGGCCGAAACCAGUAAAGAAGAUGUGGAUAAUUUAAUUUUUAAUUUGAAUGACCCCGAGAACGAUCUUGUGAAAGAGCAACAACUGUAUCUAACAAAGAGGCGACCGUCCAACUUUGAAAUCGGAUGUCGAGGACUCUAUCGCCGAAAAGCAAACCUUGUGUGUCGCUACAAAUUCACUACGACCCCAUUCCUGCGAUUGGCUCCUUUGAAAUUUGAGGAAAUCAACUUGGAUCCCUAUAUCGCAAUGUAUCACGAAGUUCUGUACGACUCAGAAAUUGAGGAACUUAAAGGGCAAUCGAUAAACAUGAUGAAUGGUUAUGCAGAAGAGAGAAACGGAACAGAAAUCAGAGAAACAGUCGCCCGGCAUUCCUGGUGGUCUGAUACAUCUUCACUGCGAGAGCGCAUCAAUCAGCGCAUAAUUGAUAUGACGGGUUUCAAUUUCUCAAAAACGGAAAAGUUACAGGUCGCGAACUAUGGAGUGGGCACAUACUUCAAGCCGCACUUCGAUUACACCUCCGAUGGAUUUGAAACUCCAGAUGCUACUGCUUUGGGCGAUCGUUUGGCUAGCAUUAUUUUCUAUGCUAGCGAUGUUUCGCAGGGUGGGGCCACCGUUUUUCCAGAAAUAAAUGUUUCGAUCUUCCCACGAAAGGGUAGCAGUUUGUACUGGUUUAAUUUGUUCGAUGAUGGAAGGCCUAAUGUUAGAAGUCAACACGCGGUGUGUCCUGUAAUCAAUGGAGAUAGAUGGACUCUCACGAUGUGGGUCCAUUUAUUUCCUCAAAUGUUCACUAUGCCAUGCAAGUCCUAA